CGUCGCGGCGCCGGGGACACUCCCGCUGCCUCCGCUGCGUUCCUUCUUGUCCCUGGAAGUGUGGGCAGGGUUGCCGGGGGCUUCCGUGGGUUCAGCCUCUCCCACUUCGGGAGGAAAAAGCAGGGGGAAGCCCCCGGCGCCCGCCGCCUCCUGAGAGCCACGGAACCCGGAGGUGUACAGGCGUUGAAGACGAGGCCGGGCGGGGCCCCCCAGUGCGUUGUGACUGUCGCCGUCCGUGUCCGGAGUGGCCGCCUGCGCCCGCCCGCUCGGCGCCCCGGGCCCCCAGCCCAGGGCGGUAGGCGCCCCACCCUGUCAGGAGUGGGCGACGGCCGGCCAGGGGCGCGCGGGGCAGCCGUCACGGGGCCUCGCUGCGGCCUCCAGCGCCCCAGUCUCGGGGAAUGCAGUGGCCCCCGACCCCUGGCGCCUCUCGGUGUCUGGGCUGGGCCUCCUCGCUCGCCUGCUCCGCGACCACGACGCUCCUUGGCCGCGCUGGCCGGGCCCCCCUCAUGGCGGCCAAGUGGUUCAAGGAGUUCCCCCUGAACCUGAAGACAGUGUCCGAACGCGCCAAGCCCGGGGGCGGGGGCAGCGGCAAACUGCGCAAGAACUCUGAGGCCAGCGGUGCCGGGACAGUUCCUGGCAAGGGUCGCAAAAACUCCGCGGCUGAGCUGGGGGGUGGCAGAGCCGGCGGCGGCCCCGCCAAGGACAGCCGACUGUCCCGGGACAGCCUUCAGGGUCUGAUUCAGGCCGCGGCGGGCAAAGGCCGCAAGAACUCCCGGGCCACAGAGGAGGAGCCCCACCGGGGCGCAGCCAAGAGCUCGGGCUGCAGCACUUACAUCAACAGGCUCAUCAAAGUGGACACUCAGGAAAAGAAUGGAAAGAGCAACUACCCCAGUAGCAGCAGCAGUAGCAGCAGCAGCAGCAGUAGCAGCAGCAGUAGCAGUUCUUCUGCAUCCUCUUCACCUUCCUCCCUGGGCCCCGAGCUGGACAAGGGCAAGAUUAUGAAGCAGCAAGACACGGUCAUCAUUUUAGAAGACUAUGCUGACCCUUAUGAUGCCAAACGGACAAAGGGUCAAAGGGAUGCAGAGAGAGUGGGUGAGAACGAUGGUUACAUGGAGCCCUACGAUGCCCAGCAAAUGAUAACAGAAAUCAGACGCCGAGGCUCCAAAGACCCCCUGGUGAAGGCUCUCCAGCUGCUUGACAGCCCCAGCGAGCCCGGAGAGAAUGGCACGAAGUCAGACACGCUGGCGAAGAGACGUAGUUCCAAGGACCUCCUGGGGAAGCCGCCACAGCUUUACGACACCCCCUACGAGCCCGCAGAGGGCGGCCCGCGCGCGGAGGGGAAGGCGCGGCCCGCGGACAGCCGGCUGCCAGAGGACGACGAGAGGCCGGCGGCCGAGUACGAGCAGCCCUGGGAGUGGAAGCGGGAGCAGAUCGUGCGUGCCCUGUCAGUCCAGUUUGAAGGAUCUGAGCGACCUUCCGUCAAGGAGGAGGCAGUGAGGCAGCACCACCGGCAAAAAAGCUGGACCCAGAAGAUCUUGAAGCCAGCCCUAUCUGACCAUGGCGAGGGGGAGAAGGUGGACCCAGGCCUGCCCCUGGAGAAGCAGCCCUGGUAUCAUGGUGCCAUAACCCGGGCUGAGGCUGAGAGUCGACUACAGCCCUGCAAAGAAGCUGGUUACCUGGUUCGAAAUAGUGAGUCAGGGAACAGCAGGUACUCCAUUGCACUGAAGACGAGUCAAGGAUGUGUCCACAUCAUAGUGGCUCAGACCAAAGACAACAAAUACACACUGAAUCAAACAAGCGCUGUGUUUGACAGCAUCCCUGAAGUGGUGCACUAUUAUUCCAAUGAAAAGCUACCUUUCAAGGGAGCAGAACACAUGACCUUGCUCUACCCUGUACACAGCAAGCUUCACUAAGUUUUGGCUAACAAGAGCCCAAGAGGCCAUCAGCACCUAACCAGCAUCUCAGUGGACAAGGCUGGACUGCUCUGCACACCUAGUGCAGAGUGGGACUCACCUCUUAAAGUCAGAAAGUCUGUGAUCUUGAAUCCAUUCCAUGACUUGUGACUCCUUGUCGCCCUUUUUCUCCUUGCUUAGUAGCUGCAAAAUAAGGAAUCAUAAUUUACCUGUUGUUUCCUCCUCUAAAGUAGGGGAUUUUAAUUGGGUUGUGAACCUUAGGAAAGGUAAGUCUAGAGAUUAGGGGCAUAGAAGUUCUCCAGCAAUGUGCUAGUUGUUCCCUGGGAUACCAGAUCUCUAAGCAAACCAAUAGCACACCAUUUGGAUUUUUACCUGGGAUCAUAUGAACUGGAAGAGCAUUUAGUGUCGCACCCUUUAUCAGGGAACCUGGAUGAACAGUGGGAAAUAUGAACAAUGGGCAAGCAAUUGUCUUUCUUCCUCCCUCCAGUGUCCUAAUUCAGCUCUUGUGUUCAUGCAAAUCACAACUAUAGGAUCUGGCAAAUGGAUUAUUUUGUUUGUCAGCCUUUCUAAGAAAAGUUGGUAUUUUCUCAUUCUCUGUGGACCGUCUUUUAAAUAAUUUUUUCAGCAGUCAAUAAUAUAAGCAUAAUUUGGAAGGAAGAUGCCCCAGAUUUAGAACUCACCAGCAUAAUUAAGCACUGACAUCAUUAUUAUAAUUCUGGAUUAUAGAUAAAAUAUGUCACGAAGAUUUCCUGUCUGAUUUUUAAAAAUUUCAAAGCUCAACAGCUAUUUUCCUAUUGGAUAAUUAUAUAAAACUUCAGAUAUCGUUUGUUUUGUCUUUGUACAUUUUAGUUGCCAUGGAAUCAUCUUUAGUUUGUCUCUAAAAUUAGAUUUGCUUUGUAUUUUUAGUAAAUUUUUUCAAAAACAAUUCUGAGAUCUGAUUGUAUGAACUGGGUCACUAGAGUCUGCAAAAAUUCUCUUUCUGUACAAAGCAAGCCUGUUCAUCUGUAUAAAAGUAUUUUAAAGCCAAGUGCUGUGGUACUUGCCUGAUAUCCUGGUGACUGGGGAGGCUGAGGCUGGAGGAUCCCAAGUUCAGGACCAACUUCUGCAAAUUAGCAAGGCCCUAAACAACUUAGUGAGACCCUGUCUCAAAAUAAAAAAUGAAAAGGACUGGGGAUGUGGCUCAGUGGUAAAGCACUCUGGGUUCAAUCUUUAGUACAAAAAAAAAUUUUUUUUAAAGACUCUAGCCAGGUGCGGUGGUACACACUUCUAAUCCCAGCUACAAGGGAAGUUGAGUCAAAAGGAUCACAAGUUAGAGGACAGCCUCAGCAACUUAGUGAGAUCCUGUCUCAAAAUAAAAAUAAAGGGGUUGGGAUUGUGGCUCAGUAGUAAUGGGCCUGCCUAGCAUGUGUGAGGCAUUG